UUUAACAUGAAUUCAUAAUUUCUUUCCUCAUUUCUUUCUAAUUAUUGAAUCUUAGAAGAUGUACAGUAUCACAGUACUGUUUACUGUCUUCAUCCUAAUCAGACUCAAGUCCUGGACUCCACUGAGACCACAUUGAGGUCGAGAUGCUCAACAUUGGGGCUGUGCUGCUGUUACUAAUUGGUGUGGCUGAUGGGUUCCCUCCAUGCAAUUUACCAACAACAGUAGAGAAUGCAGACAUUAUUGAAAAGAAACAGGAGGUCUACAAUCAUGGAGAGACAGUAACCUACGAAUGCCGUACCAAUUACAGAAUGGAAGGAGAGAGAACAAUUACAUGCCAAAGUGGUCAAUGGAGUCCAGGAACUCCUACUUGCAUAGUGAUCCCUCCAUGCAAUUUACCAACAAGAGUAGAGAAUGCAGACAUUAUUGAAAAGAAACAGGAGGUCUACAAUCAUGGAGAGACAGUAACCUACGAAUGCCGUACCAAUUACAGAAUGGAAGGAUGGAGAACAAUUACAUGCCAAAGUGGUCAAUGGAUUCCAGGAACUCCUACUUGCAUCGUGAUCCCUCCAUGCAAUUUAACAACAACAGUAGAGAAUGCAGACAUUAUUGAAAAGAAACAGGAGGUCUACAAUCAUGGAGAGACAGUAACCUACCCAUGCCGUACCAAUUACAGAAUGGAAGGAGAGAGAACAAUUACAUGCCGAAGUGGUCAAUGGAGUCCAAGAACUCCUGUUUGCAUCGGUGAGGAGACCUGCGUCGCCACACAGCCACACAUCACGACCCAGUGCUUUGGCUCUCUGGGAGGAACCGUGGAGGUCCUGCUGCCUACUAUGACCUCACAAGAUGAUACCUACAGACUGAAGAUAAACCAUUACACGAUUUUAUCAGACCGCAGACAGACACACAUUCGAUAUUCAUUUAAUGUCAGUACUGGAAUAUUUGCUAUAAAAGACAUCAACUGGUCAGACAACGGUACAUACUCAAUGGAAGUACAUGAUCAGUUUGGAAGGGAAGUAGCACAUACAAAAUGUUAUUUAACCAUUCAAGUCCCAGGGCUCAUCCCGUUCAUCGCUCGUUCACUGACGGUGGUGCUGCUGCUCCUAGCAGCAUUGGGAGUCUACUGGGCCCUAAAGAAGAAGAAAACCUCAAGACCUCGAGACAUCGCGCUGUCCUCCAUGGCGGUAGAUGAUGAUGUGCUGUACGGUAACGUCUCCGGGGCGACCGGGAGGGCAGGGGGAGAGUGAGGUGGAGUACCGGGCGGUCAGGAUGGCUCCAGGCCCCAGGCGGACGCUGGAGACCCAUGUGGACGAGUGUGUGGACGCUCAGCCCCGGAGGACGAGGCCCUGAGAGCUGUCAACACCCAGAAGGACGCGUAGACAGCGCUUUAGCCAGAGGGCCAGCAGCCCUUUGACCUUUGACCUGCCAGGGACACUUCUCUCUCUGCAUUUGAUAAUGGCAAGAUCAUUUAUUUUUAUUAAUUAACUUUUUCCUCUGUUGUUGUUGUUGUUGUCCAUAGUGGUCGCUAUUAGAAAUAGCCUGUUACUAUUAUGCACAUUUAACUUUUGCAUCAUUAUACCAAGCAUUUAUAUUAUACUAUUCUGCAUGUUUAACUAUUCUAUUAAUAUACCUAUUAUGUAUAUCAUACUAUUCUGCAUGCUUAACUUUGCUGAUAUUUAGCAUGCGAGACUUUUUUUUUAAUGAAAUA